GGGAGGGAUACAUCAUAAAUUGGACGCUCAACUUAACAGGUUUCGAGUGGUAGGUGGUAGCAUUCUUCUUCAUUGUAUUCGCCGCUACCAUCCAGACGAAGCAAACCAGAAACACAGCCAACAAUGGAUUCGGAUUUUGGCAUUCCCAGACAACUCUCAGAUCUGCAAAAAUAUCGUGCUCUUUACGAGCCGGAACUUCCACCUUGUCUGCAGGGAACAACGGUCAGGGUGGAAUUUGGUGAUGCAACCACAACUGCAGAUCCUUCUGGUGCCCACAGCAUCAGUCGGGCUUUUCCACAUACAUAUGGCCAGCCCUUGGCACACUUUCUAAGGCCCAAGGCCCAGGUUCCUGAUGCUCAGAUAAUUACAGAGCAUCCAGCAAUCAGGGUGGGAGUGGUUUUCUGUGGGAGACAAUCUCCAGGAGGGCAUAAUGUCAUCUGGGGCCUUCACAGUGCUCUUAAAAUCCACAAUUCUAACAAUGUUCUGCUUGGAUUUAUUGGUGGUACUGAAGGUUUAUUUGCUCAGAAAACCCUUGAAAUCACAGAUGAUAUUCUUUCUUCAUACAAAAACCAAGGUGGAUAUGAUUUGCUUGGCCGGACGAAAGAUCAAAUAAGAACAUCUGAACAGGUUAAUGCUGCAUUGGCCUCAUGCAAAGCUUUGAAAUUGGAUGGCCUUGUCAUAAUUGGAGGUGUAACAUCAAACACUGAUGCUGCUCAGCUUGCUGAGACAUUUGCAGAAGAAAAAUGCGCAACAAAGGUGGUUGGAGUUCCAGUUACAUUGAAUGGAGACCUCAAAAACCAGUUUGUUGAAGCUAAUGUUGGGUUUGAUACAAUAUGUAAGGUCAAUUCUCAGCUCAUCAGCAAUGUGUGCACUGAUGCUCUCUCUGCUGAGAAGUAUUAUUACUUUAUCCGACUCAUGGGCCGGAAAGCAUCGCAUGUUGCUUUGGAAUGUACUCUCCAGUCACAUCCAAAUAUGGUGAUCCUUGGUGAGGAGGUUGCUUCAUCAAAGCUCACUCUUUUUGACAUAACACAACAAAUUUGUGAUGCAGUUCAAGCCAGGGUCGAACAAGACAAGUAUCAUGGGGUUAUCUUACUUCCAGAGGGGCUUAUAGAAAGCAUUCCUGAAAUAUAUGCUCUUUUGCAGGAAAUUCAUGGGUUGCACAGGCAAGGUGUCUCUGUUGAAAACAUUUCUUCACAACUUUCACCUUGGGCAUCUGCCUUGUUUGAAUUUUUGCCCCACUUUAUCAAAAGACAGCUGCUCCUUCACCCCGAGUCUGAUGAUUCAGCUCAAUUGUCCCAGAUUGAGACUGAAAAACUCUUGGCACAUUUGGUGGAGGCAGAAAUGAAUAAACGCUUGAAAGAAGGCACUUACAAAGGGAAGAAAUUUAAUGCUAUUUGCCAUUUUUUUGGCUAUCAGGCUCGUGGAUCUUUGCCAUCAAAAUUUGACUGCGAUUAUGCCUAUGUUCUUGGACACGUAUGCUAUCACAUUCUAGCAGCUGGUUUGAAUGGUUAUAUGGCAACCAUAACCAACCUGAAAAAUCCUGUGAACAAGUGGCGAUGUGGAGCUGCUCCAAUUACGGCAAUGAUGACAGUAAAGCGAUGGUCACAUGGUCCGAGGGCUGCUUCAAUUGGAAAACCUGCUGUUCAUCCUGCCCCUGUUGAUCUGAAAGGCAAAGCAUAUGGAUUGCUUAGACAAAAUGCAGCCAAAUUUUUGAUGGACGAUGUGUACAGAAACCCAGGACCCCUUCAGUUUGAAGGUCCGGGUGCUGAUGCUAAGACGGUGACCCUGUGCGUUGAAGACCAGGACUACAUGGGCCGGAUCAAGAAGCUGCAAGAGUAUCUUGAUAAGGUGAGAAGCAUUGUGAAACCAGGGUGCUCACAGGAGGUUCUUAAAGCAGCAUUGAGUGCAAUGGCUUCUGUCACAGAGGUUCUCUCCGUCAUUUCGGUACCUUCGUUCAACGGGCAGACCCCGAUCUAAUUUGAAAAGUUUGUGUGCACCAGCAAGAUCUUUGAGUCGGUUGAACAAUUUAUCUUUUUAAAUUUAUCAUUACCAAUCUCCAAUUUUUGGAGAUUAAAAUAUAUUCUUGGCAUCUAUAAACUUGAAAUGCCCUUUUGGCCUCUUCCCAUGUCUGUUUUUGAUCCUGAACAUGCUAGGUAUGACAACUGACACCUACCUUGAGGCAUUUUGACGUAAAUAAAGAGCUGCUUGUUCGGAUUUCAUUUUA